CCGCCGCCGAGCCGCCUCCGCCGGCGAAUGAAGCAGCCGCCCCGCUGGCGCGCCCUGCUGGCGCCGUGGCUCGCGCUGCCGGCGGCCGGGGCCGCGGCGGGCCACGCCGCGGAGCGGGGCGGCGGGCCGGCGGGCCCCGCCGCGCUCGUGUCCUGGCAGCGCCUGCCGCACGAGUGGGACCGCGGGCCUGCCUCGGAGCUUCCUGCCGCGGGGGACGGGGGGCACGCGCCCGUGGCCGCGGCGCUGCGUGCGCCCGCGCCGCCCGCGGCUGCCCGCCGCCCCGUGUCGCGGCUGUCCGCGGUCAGCGGGGAAGCGUUCGCAGACAUGCUGGUGGCGGCGGUGGGCCGCGGGGCGGGGCAGCAGGACGACCACGACACCCGCGGCGUGCUGGACCCGGUGGCGCCCCUCCGGGGCGGCGCCCGGCGGGUGACCGCGUGAGGGGCCCUCACGCCGCGCACCGGGCGGGCCGCCCUCGGGGGCUGCCAAGUGGCUUGAGGUGGCCGAUGACCGCGGCUUGGAAACAGCCUCCCGAGGCCUCUCCCGCCGGCCAGACAGGCCCGACCUAAGCCUCAGGCCACGGUGCGCGCCGCCCUCGCGCCCGGGCGCGCCCUCCUCUCUCGGGUGCCCCCCCGCCUGCGCCGCGCCAGGGGCGGGCCGCCCCCACGGGCGAGGCUCGAGUCGGGCAUGUCCCCCUGCGGGAGGAGCGCUCGAGAGUAGGAGAAUUAUGUGACCGAAAGGCCGGGCGACGAGAAGCACUGACGUUGCCUCAGCGCCGGCAGCCGUGCGGCGCAGGCCUCGGAGCGGUCGGGCGCGCGGGCGCCCCCCCGCACUUGUCGGCCCAGAGGCCGAAGGCUCCCCAGUUGAGAAGGAACCUCUGCCGCCAGCUGUAGGGAGGCCGGCCGCUCCCCCUCUCCGAGCUGGUGGCACCCCGUUCCGGGCGUGCCUCUGCAGAGAGUGCCCCAAGAACGGAGUGCCACCCGGAGAGGAGUUGCAUGGAGUUUUGGUGGUAGUGGCCAUUGCUGCUCCCUGCGAGACGGCGACCAGCGCCGAUCGGCCG